UGCCAAACCCACCACAUCCAGGCUCUGCCCCCCAAACCUGUCCAACCAGUUGUAUGAGAGGAAGGGGCAGUGGGUGGGGCAGCCCUUCUCGGGGCCCUGCUCAGCCCCAGCUUCCCCACAGAUGCUGCAGAUGCACCGUGUGUGGAUAGACAGGUGGACAGGCCCUUGGAGGUGCAGUGCCGCCAUGGGGCUCGGCAGCUGGCUGCUGCAGCCCUUGCUGCUGUUGACCUGUGUCCAGCCAGGGACCGGCGUGGAGCGGAUUGGCUACAUGCCCCGGCUCUGGGGAGCCAGCCUGGCUGGGGUGCGCACCCAGUCCACCUUCACUCUGGAGCAGCCCCUGGGCCAGUUCAACCACACCCGCAUCUCUGAUCUCGACGCCAUCUGGCUGGUGGUGGCCCUGAGCAACGCCACCCAGAGCUUCGCGGAUCCCCAGAGGAUCGAGGACAGCCCUGUCCCUGCCGGCUUCCCCCACCGCAGCGGCUUCUACCUCACCCUGAGGGCCAGCCGGGCCCACUACCUGGACAACCGGCCCAGCACCCAGCUCCGUGUGCUCAGGGUUGGCAAUGACACUGGCUGUGCCCCCGAGAAGCUGAGCUGCAACACCCCACUGCCCGGCCCGGGCCCCUACAGGGUGAAGUUCCUGGUGAUGAAUGACAGUGGACCUGUUGCUGACACCGAGUGGUCCAACGAUAUACACCUGCUCCAAGCUGAGGCUUUCCAGGCAGCCCCAGGAUCCCGGAGCGAGGGCACCGUGGUCAUAAUCGCCAUCCUGUCCAUCCUGCUGGCCAUCCUCCUCGCUGCCCUCCUCGUCCUGCUCACCCACACGUGCUGCAGGGGCGAGGCUGCCUCCGGCCCAGCCGAGCAGGUUCGUAUAAGAAGCUACAGCCCCCACCACGCUCGUAGUCCUGCAGCUAUGGAGGGCUCCUGAGCUGCUCUGGGAGCUCCAGGAUGCCCCUCUGCCUCCUCCCUGGACCAGGCUGCAGAGACUGAACUGGGGAACACCUGGAACCUUCAGGAAUCCUGAGAUGAUCUGUUCAAGGGGAAAUGUCCUUAGCCUGAGGCUUGGAUCUGUCCUUAUCAGAAAUAAAUGUCCCCAAUAUCACUA